CUCAGGCAGAGGGUUACACAUAUGAAAUAAAUAACUGUCUGGUUUUUUUUUUUUCCUACUCAGGUGUAAAACUUCUGUUGCAUGGUCUUUGCUCCAACACCACAGUCAAAUCUUUAGAUUUGAAGGGAAAUAACCUGCGAACCGUGGGAGCUGAGGCUUUGGGAAAACUUCUUAGGCAGAACAAAUCCAUCAGGAGCCUAAUCUUGGAAUGGAACAGCCUUGGCAUGUGGGAGGAGGGCUUCUCCUUUUUCUGCCAAGGACUGGGAGCAAACAACUUUCUCCAGCGGCUAGAUCUGCGCAAUAACCAGAUCAAUCAUCAAGGAGCCGGAGAGCUGGCCAUGGCACUGAAACAAAAUGCCAGCCUUCAGGAGCUGGAUUUGCGUUGGAAUAACAUUGGGCUUCUGGGUGGCCGAGCUUUGCUGAACUGCCUGCACAGCAACAAGACCCUGAAGAGGCUGGAGCUGGCUGGGAACAAUGUUCCUAGUGACAUCCUGAAAGCUGUGGAACAAGCCAUGGAUCACAACCAAGACCGUCAGACUAUCCUGAGUGAGACCCAGAACCGAGCGUACAUACUCAGCAAGGAGGUUUUGAGUCUGAAGGAUGAGAAGACCAAGCAGUUCUUGGAUUUGAUGGACACUAUAGACAAGCAAAGAGAAGAAAUAGCCAGGAGUGGCAGGAUGUCUGCAGCACAAGUCAGCCAGCUGCAGGAAGCAUUGGAUGAGCAGCACUCUAUUAUGAAUUCACUGAAAGCCAAGCUGCAGAUGACUGAAGCUGCCCUGGCUCUGUCCGAGCAGAAGGUGCACAAUUUGGGAGAGCUACUGAACACCACAAAACAGGAACAAACCAGCAUGGCUGAGCGCCACUUUACGGAGCUCCAGCAGCAAAAGCAGGAAGGUGCUGAUCGGGAAGGCAAGCUUUUGCAUGACUUGUCUGCUGCCAGUGAGAAAAAUCUGCUUCUAAGAAACCAGGUGGAUGAGUUGGAGAAGAAGUGCAAAGUUCAACGCCUGGAAAUGGAGAAGAGAAGAUUUAAACAAAGCCUUGAAGACAUGGAAUCCCUUCAGUUAAAAGAGGUGGAUCAUAUGACACAGCACAUUGAGGCCAGUGAACGUUCCAUGCAGGACAGGAUACAGAGGCUGGAAGCCAUCAGGAUAGCUCUGGAGGAGGAGCUGAGCCAAGUCAAAGCAGCUGCACUCACUCAGCGAGGCCAGGCAGAGGAGGAGUUAAUAAAAGUCCGGAAUCAGGCACGGUUGGAGGAGCAGCAACGACUAGAACACCUAGAAGAGAAGCUUCGGCUGAUGACUGAGUCACGGGAUGAAGCUCAGAACUGCUGCCUUAAGCAAAAACAAAUGGUUGGUGAGGCCCAAGCCAAAGCCAAUCAGUUGAGCCUGCAUGCUGAUCGACUCAGAAGGCGGCUAGAGGAACUUCAGCAGGACCUGAACAGUAAAGAAGAGGAGAAAGUGACAGAGGUGAAUAAAGUGAAAGUGGAAUUACAGGAGCAGAUUGGACACCUGCAGGCUGAACGCACAGCACAGGAAGGGCUGAGAGAGAAGAUUGCAGCCCUGGAGAGACAGCUGAAAGCCCUAUCAAGUAGUCACCGUGAGGCACUGCUGGACAAAGAAGGUGAAAUCUCAAUGCUGCUGGAGAAGCUGAGAAUGAAAGAAGCUGACAUCUCCAGGAUGAGGGAAGAAGAGGCCCAGCGAGCAAGUUUCUUGCAGAAUGCUAUCAUGGCAUAUGUGCAGGGCUCCCCUUUGGGAACCCACAGUUCUAGGAGGUGAGAGCGUGGCUUAAAGGAAGAGAGCAUGACCUGCUGUCAGGAAGAGGGUGAGCAACUCAGGUACAGCCCC